UUCCCAGAGCAUUAUCCACAAGUUCGAGAACUAAAACAGAAAACUUUGCAGAGGUAAGAGCCAUUCCAAUGGAGGCAACAUCACUUUUAAGCUCUUCCUCAAAAACUAAUUUCAGAUUCCAACUCAAAACUUCAUCUUCCCUCAAAAAGUACUCCCAAUUUGUCAACUUUGGCCCCCCAAACUAUCAUGGUUCAAGCUCUCUUGUCACUUGCCCAGCAUUUGCAGUACAUAAAACUUUGGAGAAAUCGAGAGACGCUGUCACCACAAGUUCGUCUAAGAACAACAUAAUGCCAAAGAUUGAUAAAAGUGGCCGGUUUUGCAGCCCCAGAGCCGCCCGUGAGCUCGCUCUAUUAAUAGUUUAUGCUGCAUGUUUAGAAGGGUCAGAUCCUAUUCGGCUUUUUGAGAAGAGAGUAAAUUUUAGAAGAGAACCUGGUUAUGAAUUCGACAAGGCCUUGUUGUUAGAAUUUAAUCAUAUGAGCUUUGGAGGCCCCCCUGUGACAACGGAAACAAUUGAAGAAGCAGAUGAACUUCUACACAAUGAUGAGAAAGAGUCUGUAAUUGAAGAAGAAGUCCUUUCAGCUCCUCCAAAGUUGGUGUACAACAAACUGCUUUUGCGUUUCACGAGAAAGCUUUUGGUUGCAGUUGUGGAUAAAUGGGAUGGUCAUGUUCGUAUUAUUGACAAAGUUGUCCCACCAAAUUGGAAGGAUCAGCCAUCCGGAAGAAUUUUGGAGCUUAGCAUUCUCCACUUGGCCAUGUCUGAGAUGGCUGUUCUAGGAACGCGGCACCAAAUUGUUAUUAAUGAAGCUGUUGAUCUUGCAAAACGGUUCUGUGAUGGAGCAGCACCACGCAUAAUCAAUGGAUGUCUUAGGACCUUUCUGAAGGAUCUUGAAGGAACCAACAUGACUGAGGCCAAAGAGGUUAAGCAGGAAAUGCCAGUUGAAGUAUGAAGUGAUACAGUUUUUGGCAAUUCUCUGCUCAGAUUGUAAGAAUACCCCACAACCAAAAUGGUAAAAGAACCUCAGUUUUAUGACUUUGAAACCUGACGAGCUUAAUUUAUCUGGGUAUGUCAUUUUGGUGGGGCAAUGUCUAACUAGCAGUAGAUGAGUACUGGUGAAUAACAAUGCUUGAGAGCAGCCAAAAGAGCAGAUAAUAUGUAUAUGAUUAUGUUGUGGUUUUAAGUCCAAUAUUUUUGUAUAAUGUUAAUCAUGAAUAUUUCGCUAUUAGGAUAAGACAUUGAAAGUCCUGUUCUCUAUUCUUCUUGUACUUGAAUGCUACAUUUGAGACAUAAACAAGAGAAUGAAAUUACAUUGUUGAGAAAA